UAAACCUCGGAAAUGGUCUGAUUGAUUCUUCUUCUCUUCGCAAUUGUGUGUUUUGACUUUUUAUUUAUUAACUUGGAAGUUGAUCAGGUUGCAUUGCAUGUUGCCCACCUUUGUGUACGCUCUACUUAACUAUAUCAACCAUCUCUCCCACUCACUCAAUUUAUCUAGUCUUAGAUUAGAUGGAUUCCAGAAUAAAAAAGAUGGAUGAAAUUGAGAUUCCUACCCAUUUUCUUUGUCCAAUUUCUCUUCAGCUCAUGAGAGACCCUGUUACGAUCUCAACUGGAAUAUCAUACGAUCGUGAUAGUAUAGAGAAAUGGCUCUAUUCAUGCAAGAACAAGGCAUGUCCCGUUACCAAACAAGCCUUGCACGAUUCUGGUCUAACCCCAAAUCACACUCUUCGUCGCUUGAUCCAAACAUGGUGCACUCUCAAUGUUUCCCAUGGAAUCCAAAUAAUCCCAGCACCCAACCCUCCCAUCCAUAACACCCAGAUCGCCAAGCUCCUUAACGAUGCCACGAAGCUCCCUGAGACGCGAUUCAAAUGCCUUGCAACACUCAGAUCAAUCACCCUCGAAGAAGGUGAGAGGAACAGAAGCUGUCUGGAAGCGUCUGGUGCAGUUGAAUUCUUGGUAUCAAUCAUCAAGAGAGAUGAUUCUACGUUACUUCAAGCGGAGAACAAUAAAGGGUCGGAAUUCAUAAAAGCUAGCGACGAGGCUUUGAGUAUUUUUUAUGAUAUCAAGGUCUCUAAAAGCUGUCUAAGGAGUAUUAUUAGCAACGAUGAAGUAUUUGUAACGUACUUGGUGCAAGUCCUGGAAAGCGGUAACCACAAAUCUCGAGCAUACGCCACGAUGAUAUUGAAAGAUCUUUUUCAAGUGGCGGAUCCAACCCAAUUGAUCAACGUUAAAUCCGAAUUAUUCGCCCAACUCGUACGUGCUUUGAGCGACGAUGUCUCGCAGCAAGCAACCAAGGCGGCAUUGAAACUCCUUGUGGAGCUUUGUCCUUGGGGAAGGAACAGGAUUAAAGCCGUCGAAGGUGGGGCUGUGUUCGUCUUGAUUGAGCUUCUUCUCGGAACCUCCGAAACGAGGGCUUCGGAGCUCGCCUUGAUCGUGUUGGGUCACCUUUGUGGUUGUGCGGAAGGGAGAGCCGAGCUUUUGAAGCACGGAGCGGGGCUAGCCAUUGUGUCGAAGAAGAUAUUUAGGGUUUCACAUGGAGCAAGCAACAUGGCAGUGAGGAUUAUAUCCUCAAUUAGCAAGUUUUCAGCAACAUCUAGGGUUCUUCAAGAAAUGUUGGAGGUUGGGGUGGUGAGGAAGCUAAUUUUGGUGGUGAAAGUUGAUAGCAGUAGCAAGAGAAAGGAGAGAGCAAGGGAGAUGUUGAAAUUGCACUCUAGGGUUUGGAGGAACCCUGCUUGUAUUCCUUGUCAUUUGUUGUCUUCUUAUCCAUCUUGAGAUUGAUUGAUGCCCUUUUUUAAGAUGGAUAAGACGAGGGCUUGAGUUCGGAAAACUGGUGUUACCGAGGAAGGCGAUUGCGGCCAUCGUGUCUCCGGCUGUGACCAUAUAUUUCCUCUACUUCAUCACAACACUUCAUAUCUCGUCGGUUCAUUUUCUUCUUCUUGUUUCAAUAGUUACUGGUAUGUAUUUUCUUCACAGGACACAAAUAUGGGCUUUAUUAUUACUAUUUUUUCUGAGGCUUCUGGUUUCAAAGCCCAGUUUCUGCUA